AUCCACACAGACAUUACCAAAAGACUUUACUACAGAACAGCUUCGAACAUCAAAACAAUUCUUCAACUAAAGAAACCCAUUAAACGAAUGAUGUCAGUGGCUUCGCCGAUUCAAUGUAUCAGGAUUCUUAAUCCAUCUUCUUCUUCUUCUUCUUCAUCUUGUUCCUCAACAACUUCGUCGUCUUUCAGAUUCUCAGCGACUAAGCCAUGUGUAUUCGUUAUCAGAUGUUCUCAGACCGAAGGUCCCUUGAGAAGACCCUCGGCUCCUCCUACUCUCCGGGAGCCUUCGCCAUCGCAGAAACCUGUUCCUCCUACGCCGUCUUCUUCUCCUCCGCCACCUCCUCCGCAGAUAUCGGUGGCUGUUGAUGGUAAGAGUGCAAUUACGGUGGAGUUUCAGAGACAGAAGGCUAAAGAGCUUCAGGAUUACUUUAAGCAGAAGAAGCUUGAAGCAGCUGGUCAAGGCCCCUUUUUUGGUUUCCAACCUAAAAAUGAGAUCUCUAAUGGAAGGUGGGCUAUGUUUGGUUUCGCGGUUGGGAUGCUGACCGAGUAUGCAACAGGCUCAGACCUUGUCGACCAAGUUAAGAUUCUUCUCUCCAAUUUCGGCAUUAUAGACUUGGAAUAAUAAGAGUGUUGUGUUAUAUAGAUACCCCCUUUCUCUCUUGUCGCCGAUUUCUAUGUUCAAUCUUCAUCUUGUUUUGUAUUCUUCUUCUUCCUGUAUAUGUAUCACUAAAGUCUUUAAAUACAGGGCCAUUUGUGUAUUCAACGACUUUUUAUCUUCAAAUGAUAAGAUAUAUGAUCUAUGAAUCGAUUCCAAA